AUGGAGGCGUGCAAGUUGGGCUUCGAGGUGGCGGCCGAGAUGUUGGAGACGGAGCUGGUGUUCUCCAGCUGCGGCAGCCUUGUGAAGGGCACCCCUGACGGCGGCUUCCGAGACGCCGAGGGCCUCUUGCGGCUGGUGCAAGUGGUGCGGGUGCCGCUAUUGGAGCACAUGGACGAGGACGAGGCGGCGGACUGCCUCUACAACACGGUGCUGGCCAAGAUCGUGAAGUCGCAGGUGUGGAUGAAGGAGACGGGCACCUUGCCUCACGACUUUGUGAUCUUCUGCUGGUUGCCCCCAGUGGGCGCCUACCGAGCAUGCCUCGAGAACACAGACGCGUUGCUGUGGACUGAGGCCUUGCUGUGGAACGUGCGGGCCGGUGGUUGGCCCUUCAGCCUGGUGGUGCGGGUGCCUGAGCAGCCAGGCCGCGUCUUCCCCCGGAACUUCGGCUUCCGGAACUACCGAAAGGAGCAGCACAACCCAGCUGCAGAGUUGAGCUACUUCCUGAAUCCCACGGAUUUCGAGGACGAUGACGAUGAGAUGCUUUUCGGCUGGGACGUCUUCGUGGAGGAAGAGGAUGCAACGGUGAUUGAAGAGGAAGACGUGCAAGUGUUGGCUCUGGUGCGUAGGGCUAUAGCCCUCAUCGAGCGGGCGAACUUGGCAGAAGCCGCACCUGCCGAGGAGGCCUCGGACAACCUCUCCGAAGGAGCGCAGCGGAACCACGCCGCUGACUUGGCGUCACGCUUCCGGAUUCACUAUGCACGUUGCCGCGAACCGCGUGUGUCCCUGCAGGCAUUAGGGCAAUCCCAAGCCUGGGGGCUGCAAGCGCUUCAAGGGGAAAAGAUUUCGCCCAAACCCAAAGCCUCCCGUGACAUGCCAAAGGCAUGCUGCACGGCCACGUUUAGCAGAUGUGGCCCAUUGGAAGCUCAGGAAAUGGGCGUUCUCACCCUUUGCCAAUGA